GCAAAUGAAAACUAGCCCAGUGUAGUGCUGAAUUUAUAUUCGGACCAAUCGAAUGAACUGAACGAGUUCAAGAAAUGUUGCAUUAACGUUUCUGACAGUACAAUUUGACAUAGCACCAAAGUGAUUCUGCACUCACACCAUGACUACGUUUACACCGUGCACUUAGGCCGCGGCCUAUACAAUAGAUGUCCUUAUUUAUCCUGGCAGCAAUAGAGCAGAAUCAGUGCACGUAUGCCGAAUUCGCCAUUUGACAAUUUGAGGGGGGAGAAAGACAGGAGAAAGACAGUCGGAAACAGCAAUCAACAGCAAUGGAUAAAGUUUUUAGAUCGUUCCAUACGAGCCGGCCGGCAUUGUAUAGAACAUUGACAAACGAGCAAUGUACGCAGACAUUCAAUAAACUUGUGAAGCAAAAUGUAUCUGCCGUCAGUAGAAUGUUAUUGGCGCAAGAAUAUUCAACAGUUCUCCCCAUUGGUGUUAGACACUUACAUGGCAAUGGAACAGUUUGUACACUAUCCCCUAAACGCAGUCCUCUGAUACAUAGCCAACAAAGACGUAGCAUGUUUAUCCAAACACAAGAUACACCAAACCCAAAUAGUCUGAAAUUUAUCCCAGGAGUGUCAGUAUUAGGGGAAGGAUGUACGAAAGAUUUUCCAAGCGCUAAGGAUGCAUACUGCUCGCCACUUGCAAAAAUGUUAUUUCGUAUCGAGGGAGUAAAAGCAAUAUUUUUUGGACCAGACUUCAUCACGGUUACAAAAGUCGAUGAGGACGUAGAAUGGAAGUUAUUGAAGCCAGAGGUAUUUGCUACUAUUAUGGAUUUUUUUGCAAGCGGAUUGCCAGUCAUGGAUGAAACUUCUCAGCCUGCAGCGGAUACACAAAUCAAUGCGGAAGAUGACGAGGUUGUUCAGAUGAUAAAGGAAUUAUUGGAUACACGAAUACGUCCCACAGUACAGGAAGAUGGUGGUGACAUUGUAUUUAUGGGUUUUGAGGAGGGUAUUGUGAAAUUAAAAAUGCAAGGUUCAUGUACCAAUUGUCCAAGCUCGGUAGUAACAUUGAGGAACGGUGUACAAAAUAUGAUGCAAUUCUACAUCCCUGAAGUACUCGGAGUUAUACAAGUACAGGAUGAGACGGAGAAGAUUGCCGAAAAAGAAUUUCAGAAAUUCGAACAAAACAUUAAUAAAAUGGAUGAAAGUAAAGACAAAUAG